GUUUACUUUCCACCGGCGGCUUUAGUAAAAUCCUCCACCGUGGAGCUGGAGUCCGCUCGCCGCGUCACCGGGAUGCAGUUGCGGGAGCCGGGCUGCUAACCCACCGUCCCCACGCCGAAAAGGACCACCAAAGAUGGCCUCUCUGCCAAACCACACAGCGCCACAAGAGCCGCGCUUCUUGAUGUUGUUCGACUUCGAUGAGACCAUCAUACGCGACAACAGCGAUGAUUCAGCAGUGUGCCUGCUGCCAAGCCAGGAGCUUCCUGCCUGGCUCGUAAACAGCUACCGAGAGGGACACUACCACGAGUACUCAGCAAAGAUCAUGGCUUACCUGGCAGAUCAAGGCGUGACCAAGGAGUGCAUCAAGUCUGGUGUAGAGAACAUCCCACCCAACCCCGGCCUUCUGGACCUCUUCAGGUUUCUGCAGAGCCAUCAGCAGGACUUUGAGCUGGUGGUGGUCUCUGACGCCAACAUGUAUUUUAUAGAGACGUGGCUGGAGCACGCCGGAUUCCGCCACCUUUUCAAGAGAAUCUUCACAAACCCCUCCCACUUUGACACCGCCGGCUGCCUUGUGCUCCGCCCUUUCCACUCACACUCCUGCACACGUUGCCCCGAAAACAUGUGCAAGCAGGCAAUCUUACGUGAAUACUUGGCGGAUCGGGAAAAGGAGCGAGGCGGGGUGGGUUUCCAGAGGGUGUUUUAUGUUGGCGAUGGGUCCAACGACGUCUGCCCCACUCACGCCCUGGGACCCCAGGACACUGCCUUUGCCAGGCGGGAUUACCCCAUGCACAGGUUGCUGCUGGAGAUGCAGCAAUCCCAGUCUGCCAAGCCGAAGGCAAACGUAGUUCCAUGGGUCACCGGGAAUGACAUAGUCGAUUGUCUGGAAAAAAUUGUGAGAGAGAGAUGAGUUGAAAGUAAAGAAACCCCGAAUAGGCAAAUUAUCAUGAUAAACAAACUUACCCUCAUAUGAAGGGCAAUUUUCAGCUAAUCAAGAAUUAAGUAAUGCUGUGUAGAAAACCCCCAAGGAAGUUGCAUGAUAUGAUAUGAUAACCAAUAAGAAAAGCAUGCACUUCUCAGCAUUUGCUCAUGCUUCUGAAAUUAACUUUAAAAUGAUCAACCAAAGGCAGGUCAGGUAGAUAGAAUUUAAAUCACAUUGUUCAAUAAAACAUCCCUUACGUACAGAUCUCAAAGGUAUUUUUAACUGGAAAGUCUCAUUUAUGACAGAUGUUAUUUGUUUUUUUUUUUAAAGUUGAAUGCCUUAUUGCAGACCUGUGAAAGGAUACACAUGUUAGAGGUGAGGAACAAAAGACCACAGGUAUUAUAUCAGGCAGGGACAUUCGGCACCAGGCAGGUUGCUGAUAAUGAGGCGCUCUACCCGACACCUGAAAUAGGGUUACACCAGUCUUUUACACUGGUGUAGAAAACAACAGAAGCAGUGAAUCCAUCCAUUCCUUCUCUGCUCUACCCUUUCUUCCUCACAAUUCCUUCAAAAAAUUAAUUAUACUAAAAAGUUUGAUACAAAAACCAAACAUUCAGUCCAGGAUUGAUUCUUAUGAAAUAAGUGAAACAUUUUUCUUUGAUGAUACUGAGUAUUUUUAAAUUGAUCUAAGCUUUUAUGAGCUUUUUAUUAGUAAUUUCCUGUUUGCUGUGGGUCCUUAAAAGACGAACAAACAUGCCAUGUAUCGAUACCCUUUAAAGGUGCGGGUUCUCAUCUAAACUCACUCCUAUGUGUAAAUGUUUAAAUACCUAAUAUUAUACCUAAUGUGUUUACUAAACAUGGUUUUCUCCUGUUAUACCAGGGAAGUUGGAGUCCAGCUAUCCUUAUUUUUCAACUCUUAUUAAAAAUUUUAAUCAUUUCUGGAGAGGAAUGCACCGUUAUUACCUUAAUGAACUUUAUAACUGCUUUUAAAGUUAAAUAAUACAAUAAUUAAUGCACAAGAAAAACUACGAACAGUAAUUUAACAUAACCUUAA